AUGUUGAGUUUUGACUCUGCGGUACGGCCAGGGACACCACUCCUCCACCUGAGCAUCGCUUCGGCGCCCCAAUGGCCCCCAAUAACCUGGAGAAACAUCCACAAGGAAGUUCGCUGGUUUAGCCUCGCAGUGCUGGUGUUGACGCCGCUUGUUGCAUUGUACGGCUCGACAACAACGGUAAUGAGGCGUGAAACCUUGACCUUCUGUCUCUUCUAUUAUUUCUUCAACAUGACAGGAAUAACGGCGGGGUACCACCGCUUAUGGUCUCACCGAUCGUAUACGGCAUCGCUUCCUCUGCAGUACUUGCUGGCAUGUGCGGGUUCCGGUGCAGUCCAAGGGUCUAUCCGUUUCUGGGCUCGCCUCCAUCGCGCGCACCACCGGUAUACGGACACGUCCAUGGAUCCGUACUCGGCGCAUCUCGGCUUCUGGCAUUCCCAUUUUGGAUGGAUGCUCCUGAAGCCGCGAGUGAGACCCGGAAGGGUCGAAGCGGGAGACCUACAGAACAACGGCGUAAUCACCUGGCAACACCGGUGGUAUUUCUGGCUGGCAGCGUUCUGGGGCCUGAUAGCGCCGGUCGCGUUUUGCGGCCUAGGAUGGGGAGAUUGGUGGGGCGGGUGGUAUUACGCAGGCUUCGCAAGGCUCGUGGCGGUCCACCAUAGUACCUUUGCCGUUAAUUCAGUCGCCCACUGGCUGGGGUCGACGCCGUAUUCCGACAAGCAUACUCCGCGGGAUCACCUGAUCACCGCAUUCUUGACGUUGGGUGAGGGCUACCACAACUUUCACCACCAAUUUCCGUCCGAUUAUCGCAAUGCCGUUCGCUGGUAUCAAUACGAUCCGACGAAAUGGUUCAUUUCACUGUGCGCCUGCUUUCGUCUUGCGUCUAAUCUGCAGCGAUUCCGAGAGUCAGAAAUACAAAAAUGCCGUUUGAUGAUGGAGAUCAAGAAACUGAAAAGGACUCAAGAUGACAUCGAGGAGAAAUGGGGCUGGGGUACCGACCCCCAGCAUCUAGAAAUCUGGAGCUGGGACCAAUUCAAGGAAGCCUCCAUGAAGCGGCCGCUAAUGGUCAUCUCGGGAUUCGUGCACGACGUCUCCUCAUUCGUGUACGAACACCCAGGCGGGGAGGCCUACUUGAGAGCGUACACCGCAAAAGACGCUACCAGCGCCUUCCACGGCGGCUCCUACGAUCAUUCUGACGCAGCUGUUAACGUGAGUGCCUUGCCUGAAUCAAAUCGAUCUAGAGCUGACAGGGAGACGCUUCUGUAG